AUGAUUGUCUUUUUUGGAAUUGAUGAUUGGCUAACAACAAAUGGAAAAUAUUGCAAUGUGAAUAUGAAAAAAUCAAUGCUCUGCGCGGUUACAUUUUUCCUACUUUUCGCAUCUGGAAUAAUGCAAUUUUUCUUCAUUGAUCAUUUCAAAUUAGUUGUACCAUCUGUUGGUAAGAAAAUAUUCCUCAAAUAUUCUAGCUUAACCACAAAAACUAAAAAUUUCAGGCCACGCUGUAUUAUUCCUAUUUGAAAUGAUAUGUUUCCUGGUAUUCAUCAAUGCUCUUUUCAAUGAAAAAUCUCUCUUGUUCCUACCGUUUUUCAUUGCAGAAGUGAGUUUGACAUGAACUCUGAUAAAAUGAUUUCAAAAAAAAUUUCAAAAUUGUUUAGUGCGUUCGAUGCGUUUGCCUGGCUCUUGUUAUUAUUUAUUAUAUUGUCAAAAUGUUCACUGAUGGAGAUAAAGAAUACGAACGACCGAUUAUAAAUGUGCCAGCUUUACAUUAUGAUAACGAACACAAAACUUGUAAGUUACUUAUUGUUAGUCUGUGGAUCAUCAGAAAAAUCGAUAGAUUUGAGAAGAAUCUGAUUAGUUCAUUGAGAAAUGUGAAAUUUCAAAACUAGGUCUUUAGCUUUUUAAUGACAGUUGAUUUUUUUGAACCAACAAUUUUCAAAAAACUUUUCUGAACCUACGUAAGACUGAUUUUUCUGAAAAUUUCCAAUUCAGAGAGGUUCAGAUGGCGAAUGAAAAAUAAUGAAAAAUUAAAUUUUAAAAAUUCAUGAGUUCAUCGUUGAUCCAAACUAACUAUCCAUGUUUUUUCCAGUACGAACGAUGAUCAAAUUGGUGGUUCAUUUGAUAUUCACAUAUUUCGCCCACUUCCUUCUUGCCUCCAUCGCUUUCAGGUGUUACAAGGUGAGUUUUUUAAAACCCCUACCCUUUUAAAUUUAAAUUUUUCUCCAUGAAAAAAAAGUUGAAAAAAUGUUUCAAAUCAUCAGACUAUAUGGUGACAUUAAACUGAUAAAAUUGUAGUUUUUCCUUGAAAAAAUAUAUUUAUCAAAAUGACCAUCGAGUAUUAUGCACUUUGAAAUUUUAGAUCUAUUCUUGGAGUUCGCCACGAAAUCGUAUGAGCACAGAAGAUUAUCAAAACAAUCAUCAACCAAUGCAUUCUGUAAUCGUUCUUGAACAACCAAUCGAACAAGCCAUGUAUGGCAAAAAAGUCUGA